CACAGUGUUUGGUGAAGAUGCUUCCUCCAUUCUCAGAUGACUACUUGUUGAUGUGUGAAUCUCAUAGGUCCAGCUGGCAAGUCAACAAAGGUCUAGAACACUUCUCAGAAGUCCCUGGCCUCUACCCACAGUUCAUUUACUCCCUGAAUCUCAGUGGAAACAAUCUCUCAGAGCUUCCACCACUACUCUUUACUAGUAAGCAUUUUAAAACUGGGCAUCCAUGCAUGUGCAACAAGAAAUAAAAGAUAUACCAGUAUACUUAGUAAUUAAAGCAUAACUUGUUCUUCAGUGCAUGAUUUAUUCCACUAUUAACCAAAUACAUUUGUGAUAAUCUUAAUAAACAGUAUUUAAUUCACUCAUCUGGUUUUAGCCUAAAUUUAUCAUAAUUAAGCAUAGAUGAUAUUUUUCUACUAUUGUCUUGUAAUAAGAUAACAAAUGACGUGGUCAUUCAUUUUUGGCCUCACUUAUAAGUUUCUUGUUGAACACAUCAACAUGAUUAGCUUGUAGUAGCCUGGCCUAGCUUGUAAUAGCCUGGCCUAGCUUGUAGUAGCCUGGUUUAGCUUGUAGUAGCCUGGCCUAGCUUGUAGUAGCCUGGCCUAGCUUGUAGUAGCCUGGCCUAGCUUGUAGUUGCCUGGUAUAGCUUGUAGUAGCCUGGUAUAGCUUGUAAUAGCCUGGCCUAGCUUAUAGAAGCCUGGCCUAGCUUGUAGUAGCCUGGCCUAGCUUUUAGUAGCCUGGCCAAGCUUGUAGUAGCCUGGCCUAGCUUGUGAUAUUAGUUUCUUGUCGUACACACAGCCAUGGGAAACCUGAAAGAUCUAAGUGUCAGCGGUAACAUGCUCAAGUCAUUACCCAAUGAAAUAGGCAACUGCAAACAGUUGGUGACCCUGUCUGUCUCAGAAAAUUGCUUGACCAAACUGCCCCACUCACUCAAAAGAUGCCAAGAACUGACCAGACUGGAUAUAGACAAAAAUAAUUUUGCAGGUAACAAAAUGAAUAUUAAAUUUUUAAAUGAUUAUUUCACAGAUCAACACAAAAUAUGGCUGAAAAGAAAAUUAAAAUAUAUAUUUUCAUCUUUUAAAUCAGUUGACAAGGAACUUAUGGAAACAAUAUGUAAAAUAAUGUUUAAAGCGUUGAACAAGAUUUUUUAAAACUAAAUAAUUUAUUUUUUAAUUAAAAUAUUAAAGAGGAAGAAGGCAAUCAACACACACCUAGCCUUCUCACUCUCAUUUCUGGAUGAACCGCGCUAAUACUGACUCAAUUACCAGUGCCUCACAGUAAUACUGACUCAAUUACCAGUGCCUCACAGUAAUACUGACUCAAUUACCAGUGCCUCACAGUAAUACUGACUCAAUUACCAGUGCCUCACAGUAAUACUGACUCAGUUACCAGUGCCUCACAGUAAUACUGACUCAAUUACCAGUGCGUCACAGUAAUACUGACUCAAUUACCAGUGCCUCACAGUAAUACUGACUCAAUUACCAGUGCCUCACAGUAAUACUGACUCAAUUACCAGUGCCUCACAGUAAUACUGACUCAAUUACCAGUGCCUCACAGUAAUACUGACUCAAUUACCAGUGCGUCACAGUAAUACUGACUCAAUUACCAGUGCCUCACAGUAAUACUGACUCAAUUACCAGUGCCUCACAGUAAUACUGACUCAGUUAUUUUCAGUGCUAUAAAAAUUGCAAACUGAUUAUAGAAAUAGAGUCAUGGGGAAAUCAUAUGUGUGAAAGUCUAACAUUAGAUAUAGUUAUAAAUGGUUCAUACAAGUGUAGACAUCAUACAAAAUAAAGAUUUUUUAGCACAUAUGCAAUUUGUGACGAUGAGGAAAUAAUUAGCAUAAAUACAUUUUAGCUAUAUAGUUUAAAAAAAAUUCUUCAAGUUUGGAACUUCAGGUGUUUGGCAUGUCUGACUAAACAGUGCUAUAAUUGAUUAGUUUUCAUGUAUUUUUAUGUAAGCUAGCAAACAAGUAUCAUUUUGUAUCAUUUUGUAUCAUUUUAACACCUUUUUUUUGUAAAGUUCAAAACCCAUCUACCAAUAUUGUAUUUACAAAUAAAUAAAUUUCUCUUUCUCUGUCAAGAAUUUCCUGGAGUGGUUCUCAAGUUGAAAAAUCUGACACGUCUGUAUGCCCAGCACCUCCAGCUGC